AUGUCACACACCACCACACGACCACCCCCGCAACCGCCUUCCCCUGCAACCGCCUUCCCCUGCAACCGCCUUCCCCUGCAACCGCCUUCCCCUGCAACCGCCUUCCCCUGCAACCGCCUUCCUCUGCAACCGCCUUCCCCUGCAACCGCCUUCCCCUGCAACCGCCUUCCUCUGCAACCGCCUUCCUCUGCAACCGCCUUCCCCUGCAACCGCCUUCCCCUGCAACCGCCUUCCUCUGCAACCGCCUUCCUCUGCAACCGCCUUCCCCUGCAACCGCCUUCCUCUGCAACCGCCUUCCCCUGCAACCGCCUUCCUCUGCAACCGCCUUCCUCUGCAACCGCCUUCCCCUGCAACCGCCUUCCCCUGCAACCGCCUUCCCCUGCAACCGCCUUCCCCUGCAACCGCCUUCCCCUGCAACCGCCUUCCUCUGCAACCGCCUUCCUCUGCAACCGCCUUGUCCUGCAACCGCCUUCCCCUGCAACCGCCUUCCCCUGCAACCGCCUUCCCCUGCAACCGCCUUCCCCUGCAACCGCCUUCCUCUGCAACCGCCUUCCCCUGCAACCGCCUUCCUCUGCAACCGCCUUCCCCUGCAACCGCCUUCCCCUGCAACCGCCUUCCUCUGCAACCGCCUUGUCCUGCAACCGCCUUCCCCUGCAACCGCCUUCCCCUGCAACCGCCUUCCCCUGCAACCGCCUUCCUCUGCAACCGCCUUCCCCUGCAACCGCCUUGUCCUGCAACCGCCUUCCUCUGCAACCGCCUUCCCCUGCAACCGCCUUGUCCUGCAACCGCCUUCCCCUGCAACCGCCUUCCCCUGCAACCGCCUUCCUCUGCAACCGCCUUCCCCUGCAACCGCCUUCCCCUGCAACCGCCUUGUCCUGCAACCGCCUUCCUCUGCAACCGCCUUCCCCUGCAACCGCCUUGUCCUGCAACCGCCUUCCCCUGCAACCGCCUUCCUCUGCAACCGCCUUCCCCUGCAACCGCCUUCCUCUGCAACCGCCUUCCCCUGCAACCGCCUUCCUCUGCAACCGCCUUCCCCUGCAACCGCCUUCCUCUGCAACCGCCUUCCUCUGCAACCGCCUUCCCCUGCAACCGCCUUCCUCUGCAACCGCCUUCCUCUGCAACCGCCUUCCCCUGCAACCGCCUUCCCCUGCAACCGCCUUCCCCUGCAACCGCCUUCCUCUGCAACCGCCUUCCCCUGCAACCGCCUUCCCCUGCAACCGCCUUCCUCUGCAACCGCCUUCCUCUGCAACCGCCUUCCCCUGCAACCGCCUUCCCCUGCAACCGCCUUCCUCUGCAACCGCCUUCCUCUGCAACCGCCUUCCUCUGCAACCGCCUUCCCCUGCAACCGCCUUCCUCUGCAACCGCCUUCCUCUGCAACCGCCUUGUCCCAAGUACUGGACACUUUCCAUGAAACAUCAGAGCUUUAUUUGUGAGUGGUUCUAA